AUGGCCGUAGAUCGAACGGAGGAUUAUCGCGACACGGUGAAAUCUCUUGCUGUGCGGCUUGGGUACGACCAGGCUCGCCUGGCGCAGGUCUCAUCUGCCAUGAUGCUCAAACCCACCUCAGGGGGCGGCGAAGCUUCCACGAAGGACGCCUUCGCCAGGCUGGCAUGUGACGUGGUGUGUGCGCCUUGGCUGAAGGGGGAGAAGAAAAAAAGGGAGCUAUCAGACGAACGUGCGCUGCACUCUGCCUUGAUGAGCGAGGGGCGGGAAUACUGCAGUGCUGCUUCGGACCACGUGGUUGGGCAUGGGGUGAUGGAGAGACGGCGAGAUGCGUUCGAAGCAAAGGUGGGGGGCAUGGUGAAGGAGUGUAAGGAGGGGAUAGAGGCGCUGCGAUGCAGAUUGCCCCCACCAGGAGGGGCCAUGGGGCGGAACGCACAGUUGACAGCGCAUCAGCAUGGCGUGUCGACUCAAAAGCACCUGCACCUGCUCUCCUCCUCCUUUGAGCACCUGCGAGCCGCCCGCCAGGCCCCACAAGGGGGCACUCACUCCUCCACUGUGAGGCUCUCCUCCUAUUAUGCAGCUUUCCUCUCUGUCCCCGUCCACCCCCUCCGUGCCUCACACCCACCUUGCUCCCAGGUGCUCAUCCUAACCGAGCAUCUGCAGCUUCUCUCCUCCACCUUUGAGCGCCUGAGAUCCACCCGGCUGCAGCGGAUGCUGGCAGACAGCCAGCGACAGAGGCAAGGAGGGGGGCAGGGCGGGGGACAGGGCACAUUAGGGAAGCAGGGGCGGAUACAGGCUCUCAAGGGGGUACGGGAGAAUGAAAGGGAUGGAGGGGAGCAGGGCGGGGGGAAGGGGUGGCAGGAAGAGGGCGGCGAGCAGCAGGGGAGGGGGGGUGAGCACGAUAGGGGGCGGGAGCAGGGGGGGCAAGAGCAGGAGAGGAGGGGUCAAGAGCAGAUGAUGCAGGAUGCAGAGACGGUGGCGUUGCAGGAGGAGUUGAGGGGGCUGCUGAGCAGCACGGCGCAGACAGAGGCGAGGGUGAUGGAGCUGGCUGCUUUGAACCACCUGUUUGCCGUGCACGUGCUGCAGCAGAGCGAGCAGGUUCAUCAACUAUAUGCGGAGGCAGUGGCGGCAUCGGAGAGAAUAGACAAGGGCAACAAGGAGUUGAAGAAAGCAGCGUCCCACGGCAGCAGCCAGCGCACCUUCCUCAUCCUCUUCUUCUUUGUGCUGCCGCUCUCACUGCUCUUCUACGAUUGGUACGACCGCCGGCAACGAAUUGGAUUCGGGCUUUGGUAG